CAGAAUUUGAUUCGGGGCACGGCUGUGGAGUUGGAUGCCAACAGACCUUGAGUGUGGCUGUCUAUGCUGAUUCAUAUAUUUUUUGGUAGGCUGGUAAGUAACGCAUCGUAUUGGGUGGCAUCAUAGGUGCAUCCAGUGCCACGACACAGACACAGCCACAGCCAGGCCAACCAACCACGUCAAGGCCUCACGCAGAAUGCAAGGGAGACGUGGAUCAGUUGCACAAUUCAAGGAUUGGCCAUAGGGCUUGCCAAACGAGAGGCAGAUUUCUGAUCCGAGUGCGGUCGACAUCGAGUGGCGGAAGCGCCGCGCCCCUCCCUUUCUGCUGGCUGAGUUCAUGUUUCAAGAUAUGGGUUUGUAUAUAAAUAGACAGAAUUAAAUACGUAGACCAAACCCAUUGGUUGGGGGGGUGUCCCUAUUAACAUGCCACACAUAGGAAUAGGUCUCACCUCGAGCACCCUAAGCUUUGAUGAUUGUCCUAUUCGAGACCAUGAGCUGUAGGAGUGAAGCUGCCGUAUUCUUUUCUCAGGGAAAUGGCUACAUUUUUGCGGCUUCUCGCGACCAUCGCCUACCCCUGUUGAAUCUCCUCAGGCUCAGUCUCGCUGCGCUCUCCGGCAUGGGUCUGGUCUUGCUGGGUUUCUUCAUCAUCAAGGUGAACCUGCUGGGCAUGCUACACGGCAACUUCUUUGUCACCCCCACCGCCCAAUGCAUGAGCAGAGGUCUGAUCCUUUUUGCCUCGCUGGCCGGUGCAAUCCUGUCACACCUCUCGUCGGCCGGAUGCACAGGCAUCAUUGGCGCGGGUGCCAACAUCGGAUUCCUCACCGGCAACAUGCUUCUGAGCUGCCUCACUGGACACUGGAAACAUGCCUUGAGCACCUUCGCCAUGAUCGCAGUGAUGUGCCUCACGAUGUGGUUCAGCCCUAUUGUUUGGAGGCAGCAGUUCUUGAUCCUUUGUGGAGGCAUAGGCCUCCUGAUGCUGCCAGAGCGCCGGCCAUGGCAGAUUGCCCUUUUGAUCAUUUUGAUUGGGCUUUCCAUGAGUGGCUUGGAACUCAUUUAUGCCUUCUACAAGGGCAACGAUUUGCACUAUUGGGAAGCCUUUUGCGAGGCCAAUGGCCUGGUGAAAGGGACCACUGAGGCUGUUCUCAGUACGGAUCUCACCCACAGACUCACCGGCUAAGAGCGGGAUGAGUUUGAUGGCAGAGCAGGGACCGAGCG